CUUCCCCCAGAUUUCCUCGAGUCACCUGAUCCUUUCUAACCUCACUUCCGCACAAUUUAUUAAACUUUGCCCUUAAACUACGUACUGAACACCAACAUGAGUGACCCUAAGAAAGAAUCAACCCCUAAAGAGGACAAAGUUGACGCCGAGCUUUCCAACCUACUAGACAGUGCUCUGCAAGACUUCAACAAAGACUCGUCGAAAGAGGCGAAGCCCGACCCCGCUAAAGACGAGCUACCCGACGAGGCCUCCGUGGAAUGGACCGAAGACUUCAUCAAACAAGCCGCCUCUCAGUUCGAGCAAAACUUGGCAACUUUUCUCGGUUCUUCGUCCGACGGGACGCAGUUAACCAAUGAGCAGCUGCAGCAGAAGUUCCAGCAGAUGGCCGAAGCCGCGCAACAAGUAAUCGAGAACCCCAAUAUUACGGAGAAUUCGAACGAUUUUGCGUCUACGAUCUCGCAAACUAUUCAGGGGUUGAACGCGGGGGCGGAAGGGCUGCAGAACCCGUUUUCGGAGCAGGAUAUGAUGAAUUUGUUCGGGGGGCAAGGGGACCAAAAUGCCUUUUUACCGUUUAUGCAAGGGAUGAUGCAGAGUUUGUUGUCGAAGGAUGUGUUGUAUCCGAGUUUGAAGGAUAUUUUAGAUAAGUUUCCCGAGUGGCUGAGGACUAAUAAGGAUAGUUUGAGUAGGGAGGAUGCGGAGAGGUUUGAGAAUCAGAAGAAGUUGAUGGAGGAGGUUUGUGCCGAGUUGGAGAAGGAGAAAGAGACGGAUAGUGAAGAACAGAAGAAGGAGAGGUUUGAGAAGGUGUUAGGGUUGAUGCAAAAGUUGCAGGAUUAUGGACAGCCACCGACUGAUUUAGUGGGGGAUGUGGGGCCACCUUUACCUCUAGAUGUGCAAAAUAGUGCCGAUCCUAACCAAUGCAGUGUGAUGUAAUAGCGGAUUAAUCAUAGUCUUGUUGUUUAAUGUUUGUUGUUAUUUAUAAUGAUUCGGUUAAAAAAUGGGAACAUUUUUACUACUGCUGGGUGUAA